GCGCUUGGUUGGCGGAAGUGACGUCAGGUUCAAGGAAGUGUCAUGGAGAAACCGUGAGAGACCGGAAAAGGCCGCUUCCCGCGAACAGCUUAGUUACCGAUCCCCGACACGGGCGAGAAUCAGCGAGAAAGACAAACAGGCCACGGGAGGGCGAGCUCCUAUUUUUGCCCCACCAUGCCGGCUCUUUUGGAGAGACCCAAACUCUCUAACACCAUGGCUCGUGCCCUCCACAGACACGUGAUGAUGGAGCGCGAACGCAAGAGGCAGGAGGAGGAAGAGGUGGAUAAGAUGAUGGAACAAAAGCUUCGAGACGAGCAGGAGAGGAGGCGGAAGAAAGAGAUGGAGGAGCGCAUGUCCCUGGAGGAGACCCGCGAGCAGAUCAUGAAACUCCAGGAUAAGCUGAAUUCUCUGCAGGAGGAGAAACACCAACUCUUCCUACAACUCAAGAAAGUCCUCCAUGAAGAGGAGAAGAGGAGGCGGAAGGAGCAGAGCGAUCUAACGACCCUGACAUCGGCCGCCUAUCAGCAGGGUAUGGUGAUGCAUACCGGGGCCCAUCUCAUUAACAUGCAGGGCAGCCCAGGGGCUCAUUCUCGGCACAGCUCCCUCAUGGCGGAUCGAGCCAAGCAGAUGUUUGGACCUCCAGUGAUCUCGAGCCGUCACUAUUCCUCACAGCCGUCCUUUAGCCCAACAGCCGCCGAGCAUGGCCAGUACCAGACCAGCCAAUCGAGUCACAGCCCGUACACUGUAAGCCAAUCGCAGCACAGUUUUGGGGCGGGCCAGGCCGGGCCUGUGAGUUACGCGGGGAGCCAGCCAAUCAGAGGUGCGUCUGCCUUCCAGACCAUGCAGUAUCUCUCCCACCAGCAGCCCGGCUAUACCGUGCACGGCCAUUACACCGGUGCCCACGCAGGGUUUAUGCCCCCGAGCAGUGGGAUCCCCCUCCAGAAGCAGCUGGAACACGCGAACCAGCAGUCUGGAUUCACCGACUCUUCCACGCUUCGUCCCAUGCACCCCCAGGCUCUCCACCCCGGACAGACUCUCCUCCCUGCCCCACAGAUCGCUGUCCCCAUGCAACCUUCUAAGUCCGGCUUCCAGGCGUCUCCUCAGCAGAAUCCUCGCCUCCCCUUCAUGCAGCACGGCCAGCCCCAGCGCUUCUACCACAAGUAACGGCAGCGCCGGCCCCCGAGGAGUGCGCCGGCCCCCGAGGAGCGCCCCGUCAACGAUCUUCUGCGGCCCCUUCCCAGUCGUUCUCCUGCUUUCCUGUGGCUCUCAAUAAAGUUAAUCGUGUUCAA